AUCUGUUCGCGCGCCUCCUAAUUAAAACAAGCUGACCCUCAGUCUGGUCGAUCGUCACUCGGGCCACCUCCCCCCUCCUCCACUUGUUCUGUUCGCCUUCAUAAACAUGGCUUUUCUCCCUUGACCUCUUCUUGCUUUUCCCUCCCGUCUUCCUUGCCCCUCACCGGUUGCGGAUAUCAAAUCUGCCCCCCCCCCUCUCCCCGCGCACAUCAACCCGGUCGCGGAUUUCUCAUUACACCGCUGCAGGUCGCAGCUCAGCUUUUGAACGUUUAAUCGACGUAUCUGCUAUCUGUGCAAACCAUUCAAAAGCCGAUCAUCAUGGUCGAAUUAAUUCCUCCGCUUGAACCUCGCCUUCUGCUCCCGCCUUUGCUCGCCUGUCUUCCCACGGCUUUCGUCUCUCCCCAACCUCCCCCUGCUCUGCUACCGCUCUUGUCUCCGAUUAUCCGCCAGCGUGUCAAAAUCUUGACAACCGCCUCCGCUUCGCCCACUGACUCAUGGCUUCGGUUGCUCUGCUGGGAUUCUGCAUCAGCCGAGCGCCUGCAGUCGCUGGUAGACGGAGCUAGCUUUGAGCCCCACCCCGUUUCAGGAGAGAUUGACCUUCCCGACGAUAUCCCCGUGCGGUACAAGAGAGUGGACGAGGAGACCCUACAGUCGCGGAUUCUCUUAUCGGAGUAUAGCCUGAAAGUAAUCUACGUCUGGUGUCCUGACGACCAGGAAGGCGGAGGACCUGCAUGGCGCGUGGCGGAGGUUUUGCCGCAGGAUAGCAGUGUUGGGGAGAACGGAGUCUGGUCGAUUUCGAUCGGGGAAGCGAACGCCAACCACAGGGAGCAGGUGACGGGGUCGGGAACAGCAGGAAACAAUGAUCAAGCAACCAAAGUGCCGAAACAAGGCAAUGGCAAGGAGGCACAAGAGGAGGAUGACGACGAUGAUUACUGGGCCCAAUAUGACGCGACUCCCGGACGGACACCCGCGGUGAAGACACCGGCUCCCAACUCUGUUUCAUCUUUGCAACAGUCUGACGCAGACUAUUAUUCUCAGUAUGACGAUGUGCAGCCAGCGAUGGAUAACCAUGACCCCGAGGAAGAGCAACCCGAGAUCGGGCCCUCUUCACUUAAUGGCGAUAUGCUGGCUCGGCUCUUGCAGCGGCAGGUCAAUGGCUCGAAUGGCGAGCCAUCUGCACAAGCGACCGAUCCCUCAUCAGGUGCGGUCACAAAUGGAGACUACGCCAUGCCGCUGAAUCAUCCUCGACCUUCAUCCAUUUCAUCUGGCAGCUCUGAUCCAGUGGCCAAGCUCGAACAAGAGGCAGAGAACCAGUCUACCUAUGAAGUUGGGGUAAAGCAGCACAUCAGCUCAAAUAUCAAAAGUUUGUUCCGACUGGCAAAGGCGACCGGCCUCUCUCGCAGCGAUUUCCAGAGUCUCGUCAAAACUGAACUGGAGUUGCUCGACGUAUCAGAUGACGAAUGAUCGCUCUUCUCUGUCCAUCUUCUCGAAUUCCCCCCUUUUGACUGCAAUUUUCCGGUUUGCGGUACAUCUGGUCUUGAAAUUGUACAUACAUACUAUACUCACCGCAUGGGGUCAUGCUUCAGCGUGAAGGGCGCAAUUGUUGUUCGCAUAUGCAUUGGAUAUCCCUGGGGUGCAUGUGCUUUGGUUGUCUACAUUAUUUCGAAUCUCUUCUGGUUUACUUAGUACAAUAAAUGAGCAAAAAACAAAGAUAACCUUAAA